AUGAGGACUCCGUCUGACCAGCGAGACAAAGCAAAAUGGUGUGAAUUCCACAAUGACCACGGUCACCGAACGGAUGAGUGCAUUUCCUUAAAACUCGAAGUAUCCAACCUGUUAAAACGUGGUCACCUGACUGACUUACUUACAGACAAAGGCAAAAGAACAUUCCAGCAGGGAGCAGACAGGUCAGUCGUCCAAAGAGAAGUAACCCCGCCAAAGCCACCUACUCAUGAACGGACGGUGAACGUAAUAACUGGUGGCUCUGAGGUAAGCGGAGUCACCCAUUCAGCAGCCAAAAGACAUGCCAGGCAGACCAACUGCGUCAAAGGAGAGUUCAGCGAGACAGAGAAGAAUACCAUCAACCUACCAGCUCAAACCAUCAGUUUCUCAACAACAGAGUCAACCAGAAUCCUCAACCCACAUCAUGAUGCUCUUGUCAUUGCACUUUACAUUGCUAAUUGUCUUACUAAACGUAUACUUAUUGAUAAUGGUAGUUCAGCUAACAUUUUAUUUUUAAGUGCUCUCAGGGAAAUGGGGAUAGAUGAAUCAAAGAUUAUAAAGAAGACUACAAUCCUCAUCGGUUUCAGUGGAGAACAAAAGAACACACUAGGAGAGAUCGAGCUACCUGUCUAUGCCGAAGGAGUCAAUCUAUGCACAAGAUUCCUGGUAGUAGACUCUCCGUCUGCUUACAACGUGAUACUGGGUCGACCAUGGAUACAUGAAAUGGAGGCAGUCCCUUCAACAUACCACCAAGUCCUAAGGUUCCCAACUAAGUGGGGAGUAAAAGAAAUUAAAGGCCAACAGAAAGAUUCGAGAGCGUGUUACCAGACUACCAUGAAGGCCAAACCCGCUCAGUUAUAG